AUGUCUUCCAUUGAACAACAAAAUCCAACUCCACAAGAAGAACAAGUUGAACACUGCCUUGUUACUACCACUCAUGAUAAUACUCAUAAUGAUGCUGAAUUGAAUUCUUCCGAGAUUAAAGGCUCAUCCUCUACCACCCUUGAUAGUGAGCAAGCUACUACUGACGUUGAGGCUCAGGUUGUUGCUCCAACUCAAUCAAGCCUUGAUGAGGUUACUUCUAACAAUUCUAUGGAAACUUUGGCUGCUGAAACUUCAUCCAUGUUGACUAAUGUUCCUACUAGCAGUGCUUCAGAGUCAUUGGCUGAGAUUAGUUGCACAACUUCUAUGGAGGAAGAGGAGGCUGUGUCAGAUGCUAGUAUGGUUGCUGAAGUUGUUCCUACUCCAACUGGUAAGGGAUAUGCUUCUCUAUUCGAAACUUGUGAGACACCAAAGGAAUCUCCAAACAAGAGAGUCAGAGAAGUGGAUCAAGAUGAUUCUGAAGAAACUAAUGAUAAUACUCAAGAAGUUGCUGCUGAGGAAUUUUCCACUCAAUUAGAAGAACCUCAAGCAAAGAAAGUCAAAUCCAAUGAAAUUGAAUCUUCCAUGAUUAGUGACACUGCCACUGAUGGAUCUGCAAACACAAGCUCUGUUACCAUUUGUUGUGAAGAAGAUGAUGAAAUUGAAGUUACUCUCGUUUAUGAAGAUAAGGAAAGAGCUCUCUCAUUCUACAAGACUGUCUUUGAAGUUGAAGUCGUUAAUCAACCAGAAGAAACUGAAACUAAACCUGCCGAAGAAGGAAACUCUGUUGAGAAUGGUCAAUCCACAACAUUUGUUGAACAAGAACCUGAUGAUGUCAAGAUUAAGGGUUUCAAGCUCAAUGCCAAACUUUCACCAAAGAAGAAAGUUCAACAAUCAAGUUUGCCAAAAACUCCAAGAAUUUUCAUUCCAUCUGAAAAGUUGCAAUCAACAUUGGAAAGAGUUAAGGGAUUUGAAGGUGCCUGUGUCGAAGAAUGUUUGGAUUUCACUUGUAUAACUUGUCCAGAAGGUAACAAGUUGACACUUGUCAAAAUUGAUGUCUAA